AGUGAAAUAAGUUGUGUGUAUGCGGUUCGUAGUAAAUGUGAUACGUUUUGUAAUCACUGUUUGAUUAUUUUGCAAAAACAGAGAAAAUGGCAGAUCACGAUGAAUUAAUCUCACAGUUUUCCGAUGUAACCGGAGUAGAUUCGGAGAGAGCAAGAUUUUACCUGGAAUCGUCGGCGUGGAAACUGGAGGUUGCAUUAGCAAGCUUUUAUGAAAAUGAUGCAGAUGAUAAUCCUAUUGAUGAUGACCCUGUAGAAGUGGCUCCACCACCACCCCCUUUGGCAGCCUCUGCACCAUCUGAAAGCAAAUCAGCAUCUCGUGUCAAAACAAAUUCUCGGUUUGCAACAGUGGCAAGUUUGCAUAAGAAUGACACCAGUUCUGAUGAGGAAGAAGGGCAGGCAUUCUAUGCAGGUGGAUCUGAACAUAGUGGGCAACAAAUUGUUGGUCCUGGAAAGAAGAAAAAAGAUAUUGUGGCAGAAAUGUUUAAAUCAGUUCAAGAGCAUGGAGCAGAAGUUGUGGACCCGAGACAUCCUACACCUGGGCAGAAACAAAAGUUUUCAGGAACUGGAUAUAGAUUAGGACAGACCAGCAGUGACACUCAAGUUGUUGGUGGAGCAUCCCGUUCAUCUCAGAAUCGUCAUACUGAAAUCACAUUAAAGCUCUGGCGUGAAGGCUUCAGCAUUGAUGAUGGCCCAUUGAGAGAAUAUACAAAUCCUGAAAAUCGUGAGUUCUUGGAAUCUGUGCGCAGAGGAGAGAUUCCUCAAGAGUUGCUACGUGAAGCUAAUGGCUCUGAAGUCCACUUAAACAUGGAGGACCAUCACCAUGAAGAUUUUGUUACUUCAAAGCCAAAAGUCCGGGCUUUCUCAGGAAAGGGCCAUUUGUUAGGCAGCAAUACUGCCGGUGAUUGCAGUCCAUCUCCUGCAACUAUUGGAAUAACAAAACCAAUGGAUGAGAAGGACCGGGAAGCAAAUGAAGAACAGGCAAAAGCGGUUAUUGCUGUAGAUCAGUCUCUGCCGACUACUACAGUUCAGAUAAGGCUAGCAGAUGGAUCACGACUUGUUGGGCAGUUCAACCACUCUCACACAAUUGGUGAUGUGCGGAGGUAUAUCAUCACAGCUCGUCCUCAAUAUGAGCAUCAAGUCUUUUCUCUCCUAACAACGUUUCCUAGUAAGCAGUUGGAUGACAAUGCAGUCACACUCAAGCAAGCAGGAAUACUGAAUGCAGCCAUACUCCAAAGGUUAACAUAAGCUGAUGACAAGAAAGCAACUGUUUCAAAUGUGAUAGCAGAGAAAAGUGACUCUUGUAUGAUUGCAGUGUGUUCUGUUUCUGCUAUUUUUGUGUUACCAAACUGAUGUAACAUAAUUUUGUGUGAAGCUGCCUGUGAUUCAUUUUAUGUCACAAAAGUAUAUAAAAAUUAAUAAAAUGCUAUGACAAUACUCAUAAAAUAAGGAAAUUAACUGGAGAAUCCUCAGCCCAACAUUUGAAAACUCAGUUGAAAAAAGAUAAAUACAAAUUUCUUAAAAAACUAGUUGAAUCAGAUUACAGAACAAUUAACUGGUGUGAAAAAUGUCUUACUGCAUUACUUAGAAUAUGUAAUUCUAAAUAGUUAAUAGUUUUUGUUCUUGCUCUUUUACAUUUCUCACUGGAGAGAUUUGUCUGAUGUGAAAAGUAAUUUUGGUGGAUGAUGCUCUUCAGUUUCAUUGAUAAAGCAGCAUGUCCCAUUAAACUGUAGACUGCUGGAAACUGGAUUCAGUGAUAAACUUACACCAAACUUAUGUUAAGUAAUUAGGUUAUUACAGACCUGUCUAUAAGACAAUCAUACCUAAAAAAAAAAAAGAUUUCAAGACAAUUUAUCUGCUUCUGUAUGAUAUAGUAAAAGAAUGUUAAAUCAAAUAAUUACAGUCGGCUCAUCAAAAAAUAUUUGUAUGUUUAUUAAUAAACUUCUGUGACCUUUUCGUUUAUCUGUGUUGUAAGCAAGAGAGAAGGUAAUGUGUCUUCUUGUUGCUUAUAAAUAAACUGCUUUUAUGUCACAGUAA